AUGUCGCAGAGGGGAGGUAUGUUAUCCUUCCACCAAAUGAUAUGUACAUGGACUUACGUUGCAGAGUUCACCCAGGACCCUAACUUCUUCUACUACACGCGAGGCCGGUUCGUUCGCGAUGAGGCAUCUGAAAUCGCACGAAGAUCGAUCUGCUUUAAUGUUGAUGAACUCGCCUCUGUUGGGGCGUCAGCCGUUGGCUCAACGGCGUGUGUGAAGUUUGAAAAGUACCCUGACGGGAUGUAUAACAAGGCUUUCUUGCUCACAAUGGACAACGGAGUACAAGUUGUCGCGAAGCUUCCUAAUCCUAAUGCUGGUCAUCCUCACUUCACCACCGCCAGCGAGGUUGCGACGAUGGAAUUCAUGCGAACUGUUUGCAAUAUUCCCGUGCCAAAGGUGUACGCAUGGAGCUCACAGAAUAAUAGUGUGGGUGCCGAGUACAUCAUCAUGGAGAAAGUAUCCGGCGUGCCACUAGCUUCAGUCUGGUCGUCCAUGCGACUCGACGACCGGUUCUCGUUAACUAAGACUAUCGCGCAGUAUCAAGAAGCUUGGAUGAAAGUUUCCUUUGGUCACUUUGGCAGCCUCUACUUUGCUGAGGAUUUGGUCAGAGUAAGGCACGUGCCUUUGCACGAUGGAUUCUCAAACAAGAAGUUCGCCAUUGGACCCUCAACAGGACGAGAAUGGUUUGAUGCUGGUAGAGCAACAGUUGAGUUCAACCGUGGUCCGUGCCAACAUUGGAGGAAUACCUGGCUGCCAUAG